ACAACCAAAACAUAGAUUCGUGUGUCAUUUGAAUGUGAGGAAAGAUGCAUCAUUAUUACAUGCUAUGUUUUCUUCAUCAUGCCGUUUUGCAAGUCCACAAAUGAUUCCUAAUCAAAACCUAAGAGAUAGUCAACAUUGGUAUUUUCUUGCUGAGAAAUUCUGGGAUUUAUUAGACUUGGAGUCAUCUUUACAGGCCAUGGUGUUAUUAUCGGGCUCAUUGGGUCCUGGUGGCUAUGUCCAACAGGCUAUUGAGGGAUCUGAAAGAUUACUGAGGUUAAUGAACUUUAAUAAAGUUUUAACAACUUUACAAAUAGAUACUGAUUAUGAAAGUUAUGCACAGGUUGCUACGAAAAGACAAAUGUUAUUGAGGGAAGAUUUGUUGAGAACUAUUUGGGGUAGCUGGAAGCUUAAUGUGUUUCUGAGAAUCAAUAGAGGUUUCCCAUUCAACCAAAUAUCCGAUCAACUAUUAGGUUUUGAACCAAAUUUGCAAUUCCCAUCUUCAGAUUCGGCUUAUAAUGUCAAUUUAUCCUUAUUUGAUACAAACGAUAACAUUAGCCCAAACUCAUUAAAGUAUAGAACUUGGAAAGAUAUUGAAGAAGAACUAAGACUGGCAUCUACUAAUUCUGCGGUUUACAAGAGUUUCAAUGAUGCUGAUUUAGUUAUCAUGGCAAUAAAAACCGUUGAGGAUAUUAUGAACACUAUUUGUCAAGGGAAAUUAACAUUAGGUGAAGUGGUAUCGUGUAACUCAAAGAUCAAAUUGAUUCAAGAUAUCACUAAUAGUUCAUUAUAUCAAAUAUCACAUAUCAAGAAGAAAAUUCUUAUAUUGAACGUGUCCAAGAUUUUUGGUCUAUUUAUUUUGGCAGUUGCAAAACUGGUUAUUAAUGUGACACAAUGUGCUUCAUUGCUAUUGAUCAAACCACAUGAAACAAACUCAAAUACAAAUCCAGAUGAUGUUUUCAACUCAUUAUAUAAACUUUCAGUUGAUGAUAUUUUCCAAGCUUGUUUGAACACAAAUGAAAUCCAAUUGCAGCAUUUCAUUGAAACAUUUUUAUCAGCUUUGGAAGGUGUUAAAAUGCUUGAAUUAGGUGAAGGUAAAAUUCCACAGAAUGAUAAUGCUGCUUUCCCAAUGGAUGUUGUUGCGGGC